AUGGUGGGUAUAAAGGUUGAUGAUCUUGAGACGAAUCAUUUUGUUCUUGUUCAUGGAGGUGGUUUUGGUGCUUGGUGUUGGUACAAAACUAUAGCACUUCUAGAAGAAGCUGGUUAUAAAGUAUCCGCCAUAGAUUUAACCGGUUCUGGAGUUCAUUCAUUUGAUACAAACAACAUAAAGAGUCUCUCACAAUAUGUGAAGCCACUUACUGACUUUGUUGAAAAACUUCCUGAAGGAGAAAAGGUAAUCUUGGCUGGACAUGAUUUCGGCGGGCAUGAAGGUUCAGAUGAUCUUAUGCAACAAGCACAAAUUUUUCUGUAUGCAAAUGGGAAUGAUCAUCCUCCCACUGCUUUCGAAGACGACAUGUUAGACUUUGUGUCUAUAGAAGAAUUUUUCCUAUCAGAAUUAGUCAUAACAAUAAGGGAGGAGAUACCUGAAAUACAAAAUUAA